AUGGAUGUUAUGCAUGAUGGAUCAAACAAUGAUCUGCAGCUCCAAGCGCAACCACAUCAGGGCAGUUGCAGCUCCGAGUGCAGCCUCCUUCCAGUGGCCGAGGUGAGCCCUUUGCCAACGACAAGCACCCACAAUACAAGCCAGGUCUUUGAACCAUUUGGACAAGUGGAGCUUGUCCAGUUGCCAUUGGAUCCUCUCACUGGGCUAUGCAAAGGUUUUGGUUUUGUGCAGUUUGUACGUCUUGAAGAUGCAAAAGCGGCUCAGAGUUUGAAUGGGCAACUUGAGAUUGCUGGAAGAGUAAUCAAGGUUUCAGUUGUGACAGACCAAACAGGCGUGCAAGUUAGUGGAGCUACAGGAGAUUUGGAUGAUGAUGAUGGUGGAGGCUUGGCACUGAAUGCCAGUUCCAGAGCUCUUCUAAUGCAGAAAUUGGACCGCAGUGGCAUUACAACCAGUUUGACUGGUGGGAUGGGCACUGCUGGUUUGAGUACUCCAGUGGUAAUACCAACUGUAUCUGUCCUUGGUGCUGCUCCAGCUGCAGCUCCUCUUCUGCACCAUACAGUGCCUGGUCUUGGUUCAAUUCCUGGGGCAACUCUUCCAAUUACUAUCCCGUCUAUUGAUUUGGCUCCACCUAGUGAAUGCCUAUUGCUCAAGAAUAUGUUUGAUCCAGCUUUGGAGGACCAUUUUAGUGUUUUGCACAACACUAUAGAUAUGCUUUAG